UUUAGCAGAGUGAGGAGUUGGAAAGCCCAAGGAAGCUUAUGACCCAAAAAAAAAAAAAGAGAAAAGACCAAGGAAGCAUUAGCAGCAUGGCCUUAUCUUCUUCUCCUCUGUCACCUACGCUCCUCACAACCACCCAAUCCUCCUCUUCACCUUCACCCCCCAAACUACUCUUUUCUCAUUCUCCACUCACCUCCUUCAGCUUUCCAACCAAACCCACGACCACCCACACCAUUCACUUUCACACACUCUCCAGCACUUCAGCCUCUGACAAAUGGAGAGCCAAAGUUCCAUUCUUUCCUGCAUUUUUUAGCAAAGGCAAAGAUGCUAAAACUCUCAAGGAGGAGCUUCUUGAUGCCAUUGCAUCGCUUGAUCGAGGCGCUGAUGCCACUCCAGAGGACCAGCAAACAGUUGAUCAGAUUGCACGCAAACUUGAAGCAGUUAAUCCAACAAAGGAGCCACUCAAAUCUGAUUUACUGAAUGGAAAAUGGGAGCUUAUAUACACUACUUCAAAGUCUAUUCUGCAAACUCAGAGACCCAAAUUUUUGAGAUCAAGGGUAAAUUACCAAGCAAUCAAUGCUGACACACUUAGGGCCCAAAAUAUGGAAUCAUGGCCAACUUUCAAUCAGGUAACAGCUGAUUUGACGCCUUUGAAUGCAAGAAAAGUGGCUGUAAAAUUUGAUUAUUUCAAAAUUGCAGGUCUGAUACCUGUUAAGGCACCUGGAAGAGCACGCGGAGAACUGGAAAUUACAUAUUUGGAUGAAGAACUUCGUGUCUCAAGGGGUGACAAAGGAAACUUGUUCAUCUUGAAAAUGGUUGAUCCGUCUUAUCGAGUUCCUGUCUGAUGUGCAAUCAUAUUGCAGAGCAUGUAACUAUCUGAGCAUCACCUUGUUUCUUCUUCUGUUUCUUCUUCUGUUUCAUCAUGACUAUGGACAUGCAAGUUUUGCCUAGACACGGCUUCCGCUCGUAUUUCUCGUCAUAUAGGUGUCAUAUGAAAGAUUGUACAUGUCACAGUUGCUUUGCCUGCCGUCCUGCCGUCCUGCACGCUAAAGGCGUUUCGUGACCUCUAAGUAUAGUUUGUUUUUCUGGAAAUAUAUUGUAAAAUGCUUAGUUAGGGUUGUAUUAUACAGCAUAGACAUUUCUAAGUUACUUAAUUUCAAUUUAUCCCUAACUCUGAAUGUUACAUUUCUCCCUUUUCUUUCAA